AUGUCAGGAACCAAAGCUGCGCUGAAAGCUAUAAAUGCUGCAGUUCAAUCUCAAAAGUAUGAUGAAGCUGUUCAACAAGCUCGGAAUCUUCUCAAUUCGGACCCAAAUAGUUACCAGGCAAAUAUCUUCUUAGGGUAUGCCUACAGUAAAUCGUCGAAAUUCACAGAAGCUGAAGAAGCUUACGAAGCUGCAACCAAAAUCAGAGAAGGGGAGCCGCAAGCAUGGCAAGGUCUUAUCCAGUUAUACGAGAAGCAAGGCGGUUCCAAAGUUGGACAAUAUCAAGUCGCAGCUUUGCAUUUAGCUCAAAUCUAUCAAGCUCACGACGACAAAUACAAAUGUCAAGAUGUCAUUGACAAGUUUCUCGCCUUUGCCAAAAAUCAAGGAACCCGCUUGCAACAUAGAAAAUCCAUGGAGAUCAUUCUACCUGACAGCCCAAUAUAUGCAUAUCUGGAGGGUCGUGUUCCUCAUCCUUCACAUACCUAUCAAAUUAUAGCUCAGAUUACAGAAUUUGAAGAGAAAGAGCGCAUAAACAAGGAAAUCGGAGAAAGACGAACGAGGUUGGGUGCCAAAAUUAGUCAAGUGACUGUCGAAGUCAAACGGGAAGUUUUAAGAGAUAGUGAUUUGGAGGAAAUCUACAACAAGAUCAUAGACUGGACGACUGAUGAUGAGAUUCGUCGGCAAUACGAAGAAAAACUCGUCCAGAGAUGUCUAGAGGCCCUGGUUAUUCUUCCGCCGGGAGAUGCAAAAACGGAGAAACGCGCAAAGGUAUUCAAGCUGGCAACGGAUAUGGUAAUAAUUAAACAUCCGUACAAGUUGGCCUGGGAUAUUGCUAUUGAGUGGCAGGACCCCGAAAAUGUCCAAAGCUUGGAUGUUAAUAUUCUGCGAGAAUACAUAGAUUUCUUCCCUACAAGUGGACUUGCUCAAGUUCUACGAGGAUUCAUCUCCAGUGAGAUUUCGCCAUUCCCGCCUCCACCACGCACUCCAGCUCUUGUACCAAAUAAAGAAGAUCGUGAUGAAAGUAGUUCCGAUGAAGACGAUGGGGGAGGAGUGACAUUGGAUGACUUCUCGAUGCUUGCAGCAGAUCGCCUGUUGAUCAUGUCAGAGGGCAUGUCGGACUCACUUACAUCAAUAUUGGCACACCGUCUCAUGGGAGAGUACUAUCAAUUUCUAGAUGAACAUGAAAGUGUUGUGGAACUUACACGAAACGCAAAGCGGCUUGCAGUGGAAGAAUCAAACAAAAUUGGUUUAAAAUUUAAAAACGCAUCCCAAUCUUUUGAUGUCUUGUUAGGUACUGCUCUCGUAUUUUAUCAGUCACCCAAGAAUCACCCAGAAGCAAAAGCUUUAUUUGAUGGACUGCUAAAGGAAAAUCCGUUCUCAACUCCUGCUCUCAUUGGAAUUGGUUUGAUUUAUGAGGAGGAAGACGACUUCCCUGCUGCUAUUGACUUCCUUGGACGUGCAUUACAACGAGACCCUGCGAAUGUUCGAGUGAAGGCCGAAGCCGCGUGGGUGAAGGCUAUUAAUGGCGAUUAUAUCCGUGGACGUGAAGAGCUGGAAGAGUGCUUACCGCAAAUCGAAGCUAAAGAUUUAAAAUCUCGAGACUUACUGGCCCAAACGCAAUACCGUGUGGGUGUCUGCCUUUGGAAUAUAGAUACAUCGAAAUCUGCACGCAAGGAUAGGAAAGGUGCUUACUCAUAUUUUCUCGCAUCGUUGAAAAGCAACCUCAAUUUUGCUCCUGCAUAUACCAGUCUCGGUAUAUUUUAUGCAGACUAUUUGAAUGAUAAGAAGAGAUCUCGAAAGUGUUUCCAAAAAGCCUUUGAGCUCUCACCCUCGGAAGUGGAAGCCGCCGAACGCCUGGCUAGGAUAUUCGCCGGCCAGGGCGAGUGGGAGUUGGUCGAGUCAGUCGCUCAACGAGUUAUCAAUUCAGGCAAGGUCAGACCAGCACCUGGCUCGAAGAAAAAGGGUAUCAGUUGGCCAUUUGCCGCUCUAGGAACUGCGGAGUUGAAUAGACAGGACUACUCGAAGAGCAUUGUUUCUUUUCAAUCCGCACUUCGCAUCACACCUUCUGAUUAUCAUUCAUGGGUCGGUCUUGGCGAAAGUUAUCACAAUUCUGGGCGCUAUGUUGCUGCAACAAAAGCUUUUCAUCAUGCCGAACAAUUCGAAAGUGAAAUCGAACAAACACAGAAUGGUGAGACUUGGUUUGCGAAGCAUAUGCUCGCAAAUGUAAAACGUGAGCUAGGAGACUUUGAUGAUGCCAUUGAGGGCUAUAAAGCUGUACUUCAAGGCCGUCAAGCGGAAUUUGGGGUUUCCAUUGCGUUGAUUCAGACUUUAGUUGAUAGUGCUUGGGAUAGUAUAGAAAAGGGGCUUUUUGGACAAGCUACCCAACGUGCAGCUGAAGCUAUUGAGAUUGCUAGUGAAAUUCUAGAGAGUAAAACCGAUGCUUUCAAUCUCUGGAGAGCUGUAGGCGACGCUUGCGCUGUCUACUCUUGGGUUUGGAGCCGUGUCAACGAGUUCCCUGAUGCAAAUGUUAGGAAACUACUCGAACAAUGGACCGCUACUUAUGAUAUUUUUGGAGACGUCGAUGGAGUUUCCGUGGAUGUCGUUUUUGCUAAGGGCCUAUAUCCUGCCGAUGAAGAAGACGGAUUGUACCGAACUCGAUGUCUUCAUGCAGCAAUCCUAGCCCACAAGCGAGCUAUUCAUGUUUCAUCUCACGAUACGCACGCUCAAGCAGUCGCUUAUUACAACCUUGGUUGGAUUGAGCAUCGUGCUCAUGUCUGCCUGUCUCCUAGUUUAAAGAAGAAAUCUACCAGAUACCAGAAAGCAGCAGUGAGAUGUUUCAAAAGAGCUAUUGAACUAGAAGCAGGCAACUCAGAAUUUUGGAACGCGUUGGGCAUUGUCACCAGCAACUUGAACCCGAAGGUUGCACAACAUUCUUUUGUUCGAAGUCUUUACUUGAACGAGAGAAGUGCUCAGGCAUGGACCAACUUAGGAACACUAUAUCUCCUACAGAAUGAUUAUCAGCUUGCUAACGAUGCUUUCGCAAGAGCUCAAUCGACCGAUCCAGACUACUCACAUGCUUGGAUUGGACAGGGCCUUCUCGCGCUAAUGAUGGGCGAUGAGAAAGAGUCCAAUCUUCUUUUUACCCAUGCUAUGGAAAUCUCUGGCUCAUCUUCUUUGAUCACGCAUCGACAGUACUCACAAUCCACUUUUGAUCAGAUCUUAGCUUCCAAGAAUGCUUCUAAUGCAUCGGAUUUGGUGAAACCACUGUUUGCGUUGAUUCAAGUACAAUCGAUGGCACCAACUGAUCUUGUCUCGAAGCACCUUUCAUCACUUUUCUCCGAGCGUGCAAAUGAUAUUUGUUCUGCUGUAACAACCUUGAGCUCAAUUUGUGGAGCAGCUGAAGCUGAUUACGAAGUCACGGAAUCACCAGAAUCACUAUCUCGAUUCGCUUUGGCGAAAGCAGAUCUCGCCCGAUCUCAGUUGGCAAAUCAUGAGUAUGAAGAAGCCGUCGAAAGUGGAGACCUCGCCUUACAGCUCUGCAAUGAAGAUAGCGGCAAUGAGCUUUCUGUAGAAGCUCGUCAAAAAUGCAGACUAUCAGCUCAUCUUACCGUUGGCUUAGCACAAUACUACUUAAAUAACUUAGAUACAGCUCUUGAAUACUUUGAGCCUGCUCUCAAAGAAUCCAAAGGAAAUCCUGAUGCAGUAUGCGUCCUUGCUCAGGUUUUAUGGGCUCAUGGCACCGAAUCGUCUCGUUCUAAAGCACAGGAUCUUCUCUUUGAGUGCGUGGAAUCUCAUCCUGACCACGUACAAUCUGUAAUUCUUCUUGGAAUUAUAGCUCUAUUUAAUUCUGAUACUGAAGGUAUCGAAGCAGUAACUGCAGAAUUACAAACUCUUCGCACCAAUAGAAAUAUCACGGAUGCAGAACAAGCUCGUGUUGGGGAAGUUCUUCGUUCCAUCGCUGCAUUUGCCGAGAAGGAUUCGGAGCUCAAGGUCAUAGCUGAGAUACAGAAAGAUGUAGUUCUUCAUCCAGAAUCAAUGCAUGGUUGGUCGAGAUUGGCCAACCAUUUUAGUGAUCAAGAGGCCGCCGAGAUGGCAGUAUUGACGGCUAAAAAAUCUGUACCUCCGCGUGGAACGCUAGCUGCUACAGAUUUGACUACCGCGUAUGCGGGAACAGGAAAGGUUGGCGAUGCUCAAAGGGGUAUCAUGGUUGCACCUUGGAAGAAAGAUGCCUGGGAGGCUUUUAGUAAUGGCAUCUCUGCGUAG